UGACACACCAGUUGUCAUUUUGUGAUGGCGGCGCUUGGGGAGUUACGCUAACGCUACUGUUCUUUAUCAUACGACGCGGUGUUUUCUUAGUUUUGCUUAUAAGAUUUUGUUUAUUUGAAAUUAAUUUAUUUUAUACUAUUUUUAAUAUGUGUUAUCAAGUGGACUUUUUCAAUAAAUCGUAUUUUUCUACGAUCUUUAACUGGUGCUAUCAAUAUUGUGUUACUAAAUAAAAAAAUAUUAUACUUAUUGGAACCUUAUAAGCGUAAACAUUGAAUGUUUAAGUGAAAUAUUAGAAUUUUAGAAGGCUUAAGGAAUUUCCCGACUUUAUUCAGAAGUUUUGCAAGUAAACAGCAAAUAUGAAUGAUGUUCGGGACAAAGUGGUCGCUGGAAGCUCGACGUGGGAGAGUAAUACAACUCAGAGUGAUUCCUCACCAGAACUGCAGUCUUCCCCAAGUGGAAGUGGCGAGACUCCUCAGACUCCCGGAGCGCCAGUACCGUUGGCUCCUCACUUGGCUGCUGAAUUGCAUCCAGAUUUGCUGCAGCAGGGUUGGCGGAAGUACUGGUCCAAAAGAGAGAACCGGCCAUACUUUUGGAACAAGUUGUCCGGUGAGUCAAUGUGGGAGUUACCUGCUGUUAAGCGAGAUUUUGACCCUAUAACAGAUCCAUUGGGUAUUUGUCACACUGGGCCAUCAAAUGCGGGUAAUAUGACUCCCGGUACCAACAAACGUCGUCCAUCUGAAGAUAAUGGACCUCCACCAAAGAAAUUUGUACUGGCUGGCCCAUGGGAUAUAGAAGUACCAACUAAUGUUGUAAUAUAUGAGAGACCUCCAACUAUAUGUCCACAUCCCCAUCCAGAAAUAGAAGGAUUUAGAUUUACUUUGGCUAAUAAAUUAAGACAGUGCUAUCAAGAGCUUUGUCACACAAGGGAAGGCAUAGAUGCCCCAAAAGACUCAUUUAAUAGAUGGUUGAUGGAAAGGAAAGUAAAUGAUCAGGGUGGUUCUGAUCCACUUCUACCCAGUCAUUGUUUUCCAGAAAUAUCACAUUCUAUGUAUGAAGAAAUCAUGAAUGACAUUCCAAUAAAGCUGACACAUCCAAAGUUUACUGGUGAUGCAAGAAAACAAUUGUCUAGGUAUGCAGAAGCAGCUAAAAAAAUGAUUGAAUCUAGAAAUGCAUCACCUGAAAGUCGUAAGGUUGUAAAAUGGAACGCUGAGGAUACUUUCCAAUGGUUGCGGAGAACUGUAGGGGCAACAUAUGAUGAUUUUCAGGAUAGACUUGCACACUUAAGGAGACAAUGCCAACCACACCUCGCUGAGACUGUGAAGGCAUCAGUGGAAGGAAUCUGUCUGAAAAUCUAUCACUUGUCUGCUGAAUAUGCCAGAAAAAUCAGGGAAAAACAUAGUGGUCUCCUUAAAGAAAAUGGAAUACAAGAACUGCAGGCACCACUACAGCAGGCGGCGCUGCGUAAAGUGUGGUGUUACCCCGUACAGUUUGCAGUGCCGGCGCCGCGACCGCCGCUGGUAGAACAUUUCCUCGACCGCGAUCAGACUUUAUUACGAUAUCUCGGUGAAACACAAGUGCUCAAUGCUGUGUAUUUACAGAAAUUGGAGUGCUUAUACCGCUACAGCUGCUUUGACGACAAGAAGUUCGAGCAGUUCUUGUCGCGCGUGUGGUGCUUGCUGCGGCGCUACGCGGCGUGGGUGGGCGCGGGCGGCGAGGCGCAGCUCACGCAGAUGUCGCUGCCCGUGCCCGUGCUCGAGUGCCUGCACCGGUGCUUCGGCGUCACCUUCGAGUGCUUCGCGAGUCCACUCGACUGUUAUUUCAGACAAUAUUGCUCAGCAUUCGCUGAUACUGACUCGUAUUUCGGAUCUCGAGGGCCAUUCCUAGAGCUACGCCCCGUAUCGGGGUCGAUGGUGGCCCACCCGCCGUACUGCGAGGAGCUGCUGGAGGCGGCGCUGCGCCACAUGGAGCGGCUGCUGCAGGACUCGGCCGAGCCGCUCAGCUUCGUCGUCAUCCUGCCCGAGUGGCCCGACCGCCAGACGCACGCGCUGCACAAGUUACAAGCCAGCCAUUUUAAGAGAAAACAGGUUGUAAUUCCAGCAUUUGAGCACGAGUACCGCCACGGAUUUCAACAUGUUCUUACUAAGUCGAUCCUUAGUUUUUCUUGUGUACGUGGAUAAUAAUGAGUACCGACAAAAACCAUUGAACCGGUACUGGUUAAGAAGCAAAGACAAUAGAACGUAAUCCAUGACUUUAAUUACUACCGUCUAGUAGGUAUUACGGUUAUGAUAACUAUUACCUCUAUCUUUUGUAUUACAGUGUUUUAGUACAAUCGCAUUGCUUAUUUGUUACAUGUCUGAUAAGAAUAAUGUAUAAUUGUAUUUCUCAGCAUUCAGCAGAAAUCUUGCAUUUAAUUUCAGGGCUUCACAUUUAAACCUAAAUAACUGAUGCGAUUGCUUAAAAUCUGUAUUCCAUUAGUAAGUAUAUGUAAAUGUAGAGAUACAUAUGUAGUCAGAACAUACCUAUAUUAUGUAGACGUAGGACCGUUAGCAAGUUAGAAGUCAUAAUUUCAAUCUACUUGAACGUCUGUAAGCGUUCUAGGACGCAAUACGAGUGCUAACGGUCAUACUGUAGGUAGAAAGGAGGUUAUCAUAUUAUGUUAAUAGUCUAGGCUUGUAUUAUCCUUCAAGUAGCUAGGCUUGGUAAUAGUAGGAAAAUAAAUAAUUCUAUAGAAAAAAUAGUUGAUUAUCCAACCCAUCUAGGGUUAUUUAGAAUUCAUUAUAACAGUACUCUUAUUGUUUUACAAGAGCAGUCGAUAAAUGGAGGCGUGAACUUGGAACACAGCGUACGUAACACAUGACAU